AUGUGUACCGAGCAAGAAGUCCGUGUGCAGUUGUUGUUGGCUUUCUUCUUCGUAGCUGCACUUUCCUACCAAGAAGUUGAAGGUAUAAAAGAGAAUAUUCAUCCCUGUAUUUCGUUUUUGCAACUUAUUUUUAUUAUUUUUACUUUUUGUAUUUCUAGCGCUGAGUAUCAAAACUGGAAUAUGCAAUUUCACCAUUACUACUCCUGGUCUGUUUGCGUGUGAAAAGGUUUCCUUUGAGAAUCCUUUCAAUGGCGGGCAGGAUGUGAAAGUUUUCGUUUCCAAAAGCUACACAACAAAGAAUUAUAGUGGUGGAGAUGGCGCGGCUAUUUGGGUGGAAUCUGUGGAUAAUAAAGAGUUUACAGUUUGUGUUUUAGAGUACGGAGAUGGUUCUAGUGGGACUACGAAAGUGAACUGGAUGGCGCUGCAAUCUGUUCCUGUUGGCGCUCAACUAGACACAGUCUCGUUGGAUUCUUGGACUACUGGAGAAAAGUGUAAAAGGAUCGCCUUUGAAAAGGUUACCUCUGUUUCCCCUUGCGUUUUCGUUAACUUAAUAGUUCUUACUGAUUUAGGUAUUUCUGUUUGCUCAAACCUAAACACAAGAUUUCACUACGUCAUUUUUUUAGCUUUGCUUGACUAAGUGGCUUUAACUUCCUCUUUCUUUAUUUAGCUCGUAGGAGCUGCAGACGUUCCAUUUGAGGUCUUCCUUAUAUCUUUAAGUCACGCGAUAUAACAUUGUUGCAUCAUAAAAUACGAUUCUUUAUUCGUUUACCAAGAUCUUACAUAUAUUGCUACCUCUAUUUUCUUCCAUCAAAGUUAUCUUGCAAUCUGUCCUCCACUUUUCUUGAUCAUGUCAAUUUUUUUAUUUAAGUUAAUAUAUCUUUAAAAAGGUUUAACAAUCUUCAUACUUUUGCUAACUUUUGCUCUAAAAAAUUUAGAGAGAAAGUCUAUAUUUCGAUUCCUUUUGUGUCUACGUUGCCACGUUCAUGAUUAUCGUUUUAUUUGCUGAUUUACAAAUUCUGUGUUUAAUUCGUAAAACUGUUCUUAGUUUUUCAUCUGCACUAGGAAAUUCCAUCCAAUUUGCUUCUUUCAAGUUCAAAAUGAUUUUUUCUAUCACACUUCCAUCGUUUUAUAUCAUACCCUUGUUUGUUUGAAAAAGAAAUGUAAUUGAUUAUUUAUUUUCUUCUCUUUUACUUUUUCAGCGUUUCUCAAUUCCUCCGAGCAUCUACGUAACAGCUCGUCACCAAAUUCUCAAGAGACCUCAGGACGCCUUGGCAAUGUGGGUAGAGGAUGUACGCAGAGACAGUUUUAAGGUUUGCCUCAGGGAAACUAAGAUUUUUGAUGGUCUGCAUAAAAACAUCAAGGUGGUAAGUGAAUUUCUUUUGUUACCUUUUACAUGUUUGAAAGUAGACUAACACGACAACCAAGCGGUUCCUCCCUUGCUGCAACUUACAGGGGCUGUGCUCUAGCAGAACCCAGUUGCCCCUGAGCUCUACCUUUGCUCUUUGCCUACUAGGAAAUCGUAGCUUUUUCAUAGAGAUCCUAUGUUGGGUACCCUGUGAUUUACACAGGUUCAGAGCCAUGGGCUAACUUCUCUCAGAAACAACCUUGACUUGAGAAAGAAUAUAUUGAUAACAUUGUUAAUACUUUUUCACUUGUCCUUCAGGACUGGAUAGCAUUUGUUAAGCUGAUGACGCUGAAUUCUACCUUGAUCCAUGGCCUUGUAACAACAAAGAAUAACUCACCACUAAACAAGCAACAAAACAACGCUGUCUGUCAGGUAAAGUAACUAAUGAACUAUACUGUUUUGGUUUCUCAGUCACUUAUAUUCAUAAAUAGAAAAUCUUUCAUACGUUCAUCGAGCUGUAAUGUUGUUAUCGUCAACUAUUUAAUCAACAUAUAUCAUAUACCGCAUAUGUGUAGAAACACUUAAUGACGAUGAUUUUUUUCUUGUUUUUUUAGAUAAUAAAGUUCACUGAUGCUUUUUAUGCCCCUCCGGUAGUAAUGGUUUCACCAAGACUCAGUUACCAUAACAACUCUCGUUUCUCGGCUUCCGCAACUUGUAACGCAGUUACUGCGUGGAUUCAGGUAACAAAUAUGAAACUUGGAGCCAUUUUUCUUAGUCCAUUGCGUCCUUAGGCUGCCUUCUUAUCUUUUCCUGUCGAACUUACUUUUAGAAUUGUCUCUGUUUCAAUUUUUCAUGUCGUUUAAGGAGUCCAAAAAAGUUUUUUUUUGUUUGAUUUUUUCCCAAUUUUUCCAACCAACCUGUGCACGCCACGGUUUCGCUUUCUGAACAACCUUGGUGUACCUAGUGACAUAGUAGUUAAGGUAAGAAAAUACCUGAUGAUGCUUAAUGAUUGAUAAUCUGAUACUUCUAAUGAUUGUGUCUAGCAUACCUUUAGAAACGAAACCGAGGUGUGUAUGAGAAGAUACAGCAAUAACGCCAAUUAUAAGGACAUCGUACAACUGGAUUACCUGGUGAUUGGAGGUACGUAAACAAUAUAUCAAAACCCUUGGUAAAGGCUGUAUGCUGCAGUGUAUCAAGUACAUUUUAUGACAUGAAUCUUUUGAAGUUGUUUCAUGCAGAGCUUUUUUUCUCUAAUUGAUGCUAUUUUUUUGUUGUCUCUAUUUUUGGGGAUUGUAGAUUUGGUUGACUGAGUUGAAAAACGGGAUCAUAUGCAUUCUUAUCCUUUUCUUAGAGUCGCCAGUGUUGUUGCAUCUACCUGCAAUGCAUCUUAUUGGCAUCUUAAAGCAGUUUCAGCUUGUAGAAUCUAUACCUUUUUUCUUGUAUCUAAAGUCACGUGUUCCUUAAUUUACGUUACAGUUUCUUAAUAUACGUUAGAGCCCCUUUGUUUCCGGGAGGCAUCCGAGUGAAGACUUGCACGAAUGGUGUGCCAAAGUGGCGGUAAAUUUGAACGUGUCUAAAAAUUCUCUUUAAUAACAUUGUGUUCAAAGCAAUUAUUUUUUUUUCUCCACGUUCUCAUAGUAAUGUGCAUUUUCAAUUCUAAAAAAAUAACUUUUUAAGUUAUGGGCGCUUUAAAUCCAUCUGUUGUUAUUUGCUUAAUUAUCUUCAGACUUGGAUCCCUGCAUAGACGUUACGUGUUAUUAUCACAGCUUCUGUAAGGCGUUUGGACCCCAUGAUGCACGCUGUGUAUGUGUGGAUAGCUGCCCAUCUUACAAAGAACCCGUUUGCUCAUCAAAUGGCACAACGUACGACAACAGAUGUUUGUUUGAAAGAGAAGUUUGUCUACAUCGACUAAACUUAACCGUGCAACAUCCUGGUAGCUGUGAAGGUUAGUACAGUUGUUUUUGAAUCUGUGAUUUUUCUUUUUAUUAGAUUUCAGUAUUAAUCCCUUAGUGAAUUUUUCGAAUGAGUAAUUUACUUACCCAUGUAAUCUGGAGGGAAAAACGGCGAUAGAUGCAUGACUUUAUGGAAGUACAGAAUUUUACGUAAUUUUGCUAAAACGUUUGACAGGGGCAAUGCUAAUAAGAAUACUGGUCAGGAAAAGUGGCGGAUACACUUAUAUUUAAGCAUUUUCAGUUAAUACUCAGCGAAAAUAUUUGUUUUUUUUUAAAUAUGUAUCACUGAAAGAAAUUUAAAACUGAUUCUUCCCUCUGAGAUUAGUAUAGUAGUAGUAGUAGUAGUAGUAGUAGUAGUAGUAGUAGUAGUAGUAGCUACUACUACUACUACUACUACUACUACUACUACUACUACUACUACUACUACUACUACUACUGCUGCUGCUGCUGCUGCUGCUGCUGCUGCUGCUGCUGCUGCUGCUGCUGCUGCUGCUGCUGCUACUACUACUACUACUACUACUACUAGUAGUAGUAGUAAUAGUAAUCGUUUGCAUUUCGUACCCGGACGUAGCUCUGCCUAACAUAUCUGGAUAACCUUUCCUAGAGUUAUAUUUUUUAAGCAUAACUGCAACUGAAUCUUUUCUUUGCGAGAAGUAGUAGUUACAGUGAAUGUUCACUUUCCUUUCCUUUAGCGCUUAUAGGCUUGACCAUUUGCCACCGUGUAGCUCUGCUCAGGAUGCAAGUUCUAAUCUCGCCACCGCUUGCCAUGCUAUUGACCUAAUGCAGUGACAAGCGAUACAUUGUCCGCUGUGAACUUUCCCUGGACUUCUAUAGUAGAGAGUAACAACCCUCUUUAUUAGAACCACUCAUUUGCUGCUCUGAUAACAUUUUUAAGUUCUGGGUAAAUGCCCUUUGCUCCGCAUGCUUGUCAUACUAAUCUAUAGUUCAUCUUGAGAUGUGUUUUCUAGGAUUUCCUUUUCAGCGUGGUCGUCGCCACAUGCCACAUAUUCCAUCCUUGGGCUACUCUCACUGUCAUGCCAUUCAUUUCAAACCGUUUGUGUUUUACCCUGACAAACCCAUUCAAGUGCAGAUAACUGUCAAUCAUAUGGAUACCAGUGACAAAUCGUAUGUCCAUGACGCGGCAGUAUCGUGGGUUGAAAAUGUGAAUAAUGACGGAUUCACUGCUUGUGUGAUGGCGGCAGGAUAUAACGAACGAAAGUCGUAUGCUAACGUGACAGUUGAUUGGAUGGCGUACCAAGGUGCUCCAGUGGGUGGCGUGACUGGUGAAGUGCGCAUGUCACAGUGGUGGACUGGUACGACUUGUGCGAUUGUCAGGUUUCCUACAGUGAGUGGCCUUUGUUGGGCUUUCUUGUCCUUUCCAUUCUUUUCAAGAUCAUAUCUUUUGAAACGCCUCACUUUUACUGAGUUCACUCAGUUAAUAACAGAUCGUUUUCAGUAUGCAUCAGCAGUGAUUUGUCGUAAUGGUGCAGCCGUACACUUAUUACCAAUUAAUAGUCGAACAAUGUCACGGUAGUACAAAUUAUUCUUUUACCAAUUUCCAGCAUAUCACAAAUGUCAUGGGUUCCUUUUUGCAAAAAUACGAAAUUAAUUCAUGUUCGUAGCUUUCUAACAGUUGAGAGUUGCCUAACUCGCAUUUAUUCUUCAGGGAAAAUUCUCUGUGAUACCGUCGGUAUUUGUGACUGCCAAGCAUUACAAUCCAGGAUUAAAACGUGACGCAGCAAGCAUAUGGAUUGAAGACGUCACACAAUCAUCCUGCAAAGUUUGCUUGAGAGAAUUGCAAAACUACGCUGGAUCACACCAAGACGUCGUUGUUGUAAGUAACGCUAGUCUCAUGGAGUCGAACGAACAGCGUUUUUCGUUGGAAACUAAGUGCAGCAGACUGGUAUCUUUCUCCAUCUCAUCUUUUCGCUUUUUUACGCUUCCAGUAGUUGGUCCAGCAGAGAUGCACGAUUUUUUGGUUGAAAAUAUAUUUUCCUCCAUCUGUUUUCUCUUCAUCCGGCUUUGUCAACCUGACCAUGUUAUUGCUUUCUUGUAACCUAAGAUGUCGGUGGCUGUUUUAUAUAAACCUUGUUGAGAGAUUACCAUUUAUAUGUUAUUUUCGACGUUGACACAAUCUUUUGGUAGUUACAGGGGCACCCAACGACAAUUUUCGGAAAAUAUCUGUUCGGAAGAGGAUUUGAGAUCUAGAAUUUUCGGAACAUUAUUUCCAAAAUUUCUUGCUUGCCUGCCUCUCCUAGGAUUUUCGAACAUCUAAAAAAUGGUAUAAUUGCCCAUUUUUAACGGAUUUUUACCCUAAAAAGAUCAUCUAGAAUUUUCGGGAGCCUCUUUUCGGGCUUAAAGUUUUCGAAAAGGUAAGUUUUGAUCCCUAUAAUUUUCGAAUCACUAGACUUUCAGCUAGGAAAUCCGAACAGAUGAAAUAUUUUUAGGGGAUAAAAAUAUGCCUAUAUCUACCGUUUUAAUACUAAAAUACGUUUAACAAUGCUAUGUUUAAGUGGUUUUGAACUAUAUUCUCGUUGGGUGCCCCCGUAGUUAGGACGUGAGAGUGAAAAAGAAUUCUUUCUUUCUAUUCUUAUUUAUUUAUUUACUUUAUUUCAGAAUUGGUUAGCGUUUUCAUAUCUUGACGAGCCUCCCUUCUCAGAACGCAAUUCGAUUUACUUUUCCAAUGAUAAACCUCCCGCGCAGAGUCACUAUAAUGCCUUCUGCAAGGUCAGUAUUCCAGUCCUUUCAUUAGUCUUAUUGGUUUCAAUUCCCGUCACAGUGCACUUAAUUUUAUUGAUUAAAUUUACUAUCAGAGAGCAAAAAAAAAACGGUUGCCCUAUCAUGUUUCUAGUGAUGGUAGUUACAUUUAGUCAGUUUAGCAGGCUGUCUGUCAUACUUCAGUGAAUAUUUAAAAUAAAAAUGAAAUAUAGAUUAUAAAUGCUCUAAUGCGGAACAAGUCUUUACCUUUAUAUAGAGACUGAAUUUUUACAAUUAUGUAAUUUCUUUUGACAGGACGCUACUUUUACUAAAGUUUAUAACUCAACUCCACAUGUGUUUGUUUCUGCCAAUCAUUCCACCAAAAAUGGAAGUCAGAGUCCAAUUCAUAACAGCAUAGCUGAGUGGGUAGAGGUAUGUUUUAAGUUAUUUAUUUAAUUAUUUUCUUUUCAUUUAUUUUAUGAAUUUGUGUAACAUAACACUUGCAACCACACUUACAUGUGUUGUGUGCAUGUUUAAAAACCUUAUGAAAAUACGAAUGACUGUAAUUAACACUCUCUAUUUGACAAUACAGAUAGCGUUCUAUUGAGAAUAGGAAAUAAGCGUUGACAGGCCAAACACGACUCAUAAGCUCGUGAUAAUGUGAAAAGUGACCUUGAGAGUCUGCUUGCAAUUGAACAGUGGUUCUCUUUCUUUUUUCUCUCGCGCGAAGGUUACUAGCACUACACAGUGCAAGACGUGUAGCAUUCUAAACUUUGACUGAGUAAAUCUUGUUUUUGCCGCACUAAGUCUUAUAUUUAGAGGUCACGAAGCAGGUUUGUUACAUGCAUACUGAGUAAUCAUUUCCUGUGGUUCAUGCUUCUGUACUAGGUGUCCCUGACAGGAUUUGAUUUCAGAUGCGGUUGUUAAGUGUUUUAUAUCCUUUGACCUCUGUUUAUUACGGCUGAAUAAAGAUUUUAGUUUUUUUUGGUUUUCUCCGAAAUGACUGUAUCUGAAUAAAUACAUGCAUGCAUGCAAGUUUCUUUGUCCGUGAAUGUGAUUAUUUCCUGCCAUGUCAGUAUGACUCUGGGCCCAGCUCUAUAGUAUAGUGUGGUUUGCAGGAUUUUGAAUUUCCACGGAUAGUGCGAUCUUCAGAUUUGAGUUGUACACUGUAGCUUAAAUACUAAAGCUACACCAAGUUUGGAGAAAUAUGCCGUGCGUCAGUCAAGAUAAUUCUCUUAGCGCUCACACAGUCCAUUUAGUUUUUCUUAACAUAAGUGAGUCUUUGAACUCGAGCGCGAUGUCUUGUUGUUCCUUCGUAGGUAUUUUCUUAAGUUUUUGCUUAACAGUCGUCUGUGCGACUGCUAUGGAUUCUUAAGCAAGACUGCAGUUUCGAAACUAUAGCGUUCCUCGUCAGUUGCUACUAUAGUAAAGUCUUAGGUACAGAGAGCGGAGCAGACUGUUUAAAUACUGGUGGCUAGGAUCGAAAAUACUAACUUGCCAUUGGCUGCAAAAGUAACCAAUAGCGUAGGUGUAUCCUUGAUCCGCGUUAUGUUGUGUUUCCUUCAAGGUCAAAAGUGCUUUUUGGGCUGAACCGGUAUGAUAGUAUCUGACUAGGUUGCAGUGAUACCAGGUCACUGACAUGUCGUAGUGCGUGUAAGUGUCUUUCUCAGGAGAUUCGAGAUAUUUUCUCGUAACUUUCUCCGGCAAAAUCAGUAGCCCGAGUGAGAUUUCUUCCCACGAGUUAUGACGGAGCACUGUCUAAAAAUAUUCGCGUGAGAGAAAAAAGAAAGAGAACCACUGUUCAAUUGCAAGCAGACUCUCAAGGUCACGUUUCACAUUAUCACGAGCUUAUGAGUCGUGUUUGGCCUAUCAACGCUUAUUUCCUACUGUGAUAUUUUUAGACAGUGCUCCGUCAUAACUCGUGGGAAGAAAUUUCACUCGGGCUACUGAUUUUGCCGGAGAAAGUUACGAGAAAAUAUCUCGAAUCUCCUGAGAAAGACACUUACACGCACUACGACAUGUCAGUGACCUGGUAUCACUGCAACCUAGUCAGAUACUAUCAUACCGGUUCAGCCCAAAAAGCACUUUUGACCUCGAGUAGCCUGCGUAGCAAGCUUUUCCAAUCGAGUGAAUCGAGUUAUUGCGCGAAAGUUAGAGCGGAAGCAAAAAAAAAAAGGUUGAAGGGGGAGGGGGAGGGGAGAAGAGGAAACGCUUGCCCGCAAACCCCACGAUUCUGGAAAACGCCCCUUGAUAUUUCACGCUUCGGUUCAUUUGUAAAUUGACAGCUCGUCAAAAUAGAAACAUAACGAACAGAUUACCCCUGGAUUACCAGAUUUGUAAAAUUACUUUGUUCUCUAAUAGGACACGUUGCAGGCGAUUGCAAGAACUGUAAUAAAAACGAUUUACGAUAAAAGAAAGUUAAAACCAUGAGCGAUUGAUGCGGAAUUUCUUGUUUUUUAUUGUGCGGCUUUAUCUCGUCUGAAACCUUUCGACACGUCAAGAACAAUUCCCUCCGUCGGGUAUAAGUUUUGCAGAGCGGCUGCUCUUCAGCCUGUGUCGAAACGUUCUCUAAAAUAGAUGCCGCUAGAUUUCCAAUAAACAAAAAGAAUCUUUUCAUUUCAAAAAGCUGACAAAUCGCUUGUCCAUGGCGGCUUCAGCUAGUGUCGAGUACCGAUGUUCUGAUUUAUGUGGAUGUUAUCUCCAACAAACAGUCCAUUUUUUCCAGUCAGAUCGGCACGCUGUGAUUCUCAAUAGAUUGGCCUUCCCUAGUCUCCACUGCUCGAUCUCCAAUUAUACUUUGAAGGCUCUGAUCUCAUAAACCUUCGCAAAAAAACACGAUUCCAAUAAAUAUCAGUCCAAAGCAUUUGUAAUCUGCGACCGCAAAUCAGAUGAGACCAGAUCUGUGACGCACGAAAACAAAGCAUACCUGGUUUGAUUGAUGUUUCGAAUGCUAAGUAAUCAACACCACCCGCACCGCGCCAAUCAGAAGCUGCGUUCGUGGGCGAACGCAGUUUUUCAAAAUCGUGGGGUUUGCGGGCAAGCGGUUCCUUCUUUCCCCUCCCCCUCCCCCGUCAUUCAUUUUUUUUUGGUCUUGUCCCAGCUUUCUAGACGAACCUCGCGAGGAAACGCUUGCUACGCAGGCUAGACCUCGAGGGAAACACAACAUAACGCGGAUCAAGGAUACACCUACGCUAUUGGUUACUUUUGCAGCCAAUGGCAAGUUAGUAUUUUCGAUCCUAGCCACCAGUAUUUAAACAGUCUGCUCCGCUCUCUGUACCUAAGACUUUACUAUAGUAGCAACUGACGAGGAAUGCUAUAGUUCCGAAACUGCAGUCUUGCUUAAGAAUCCAUAGCAGUCGCACAGACGACUGUUAAGCAAAAACUUAAGAAAAUACCUACGAAGGAACAACAAGACAUCGCGCUCGAGUUCAAAGACUCACUUAUGUUAAGAAAAACUAAAUGGACUGUGUGAGCGCUAAGAGAAUUAUCUUGACUGACGCACGGCAUAUUUCUCCAAACUUGGUGUAGCUUUAGUAUUUAAGCUACAGUGUACAACUCAAAUCUGAAGAUCGCACUAUCCGUGGAAAUUCAAAAUCCUGCAAACCACACUAUACUAUAGAGCUGGGCCCAGAGUCAUACUGACAUGGCAGGAAAUAAUCACAUUCACGGACAAAGAAACUUGCAUGCAUGCAUGUAUUUAUUCAGAUACAGUCAUUUCGGAGAAAACCAAAAAAAACUAAAAUCUUUAUUCAGCCGUAAUAAACAGAGGUCAAAGGAUAUAAAACACUUAACAACCGCAUCUGAAAUCAAAUCCUGUCAGGGACACCUAGUACAGAAGCAUGAACCACAGGAAAUGAUUACUCAGUAUGCAUGUAACAAACCUGCUUCGUGACCUCUAAAUAUAAGACUUAGUGCGGCAAAAACAAGAUUUACUCAGUCAAAGUUUAGAAUGCUACACGUCUUGCACUGUGUAGUGCUAGUAACCUUCGCGCGAGAGAAAAAAGAAAGAGAACCACUGUUCAAUUGCAAGCAGACUCUCAAGGUCACGUUUCACAUUAUCACGAGCUUAUGAGUCGUGUUUGGCCUGUCAACGCUUAUUUCCUACUGUGAUAUUUUUGGACAGUGCUCCGUCAUAACUCGUGGGAAGAAAUCUCACUCGGGCUACUGAUUUUGCCGGAGAAAGGUACGAGAAAAUAUCUCGAAUCUCCUGAGAAAGACACUUACACGCACUACGACAUGUCAGUGACCUGGUAUCACUGCAACCUAGUCAGAUACUAUCAUACCGGUUCAGCCCAAAAAGCACUUUUGCAGGGUCGUAACAUGGUAUAUCCGGGACCCACUGUUCCCUAUUUUCUUGCCGUUAUUUGGAUCCCUGAGCCCCUUUUUCCCCAAAAUUUUGAUCUCUGAGCCCUGAUAAAAAAUUUGAUCCCAUCCAUGUUUUACACAAAAUUUUAACUUAGACAACUUUGUGUAUCUCCAAAUAGAGAAUAUAGAACAUGCAUGGCUGAUGAGAAAAACAUCAACUUUGAUUUUUAGUGCAAGUUGUAUAGGUUCUAUCAGAGGUUUAAAGAUCAAUAUGAGUCAACCCCUUUUUGUGCAUUACUCUAUUUAAAACACUUUAAAUAUAAUGUUUGGCGAUACUAUGCAAAUGAUAAAACCUGAUUUUCUUGAACGUUAGCUUUAGUAAGAUACAGAAUGUAAGUUAUUGUUAAUUUAUACAUCAUAAGUAGUCCACUUUAAUUCAAGUAUCGUACAUCUUGAAAGAUCUUGCGGCGGAAACUUGAUUUUUUCAGAUGUACCGUUCAUCAAGAGUAUUUACAAGGUUUAAUUUCAGUGUUGCUCAUAGGAGCAAGGCCACCCGGAGGUUUAUAAGCCAAUCACAAGAAAGGAUUGGAUUCAAAAUUCGAAUAAAUACACUUUUAGUCAAACAGCAAACACAGCUAGCGCUGGCUGGUCCGCAAAAUUAACGUCCCUGUAAGGUACUUCUGAACUAAGGUCUUCCUCUAGCUUUCCAAUUCCUGUCCCGUACGAACGUCGGCCGUGUUACUGGUCUACAAUAUUGAUGUUAAUAAAGUGUAAUCGUUUGUCUACGUUUUGUCUCACGAUUCAGUCACUUGAUGAUGUAGAUCGCGACGUUUCAACUGCGUACUUAAAGACCUUGCCUUGCUAGUCUUCGUCGACUGGUCACACGUGAACUUAUAUGACUCCAAGCUCUGGUUCUGGUUGGUCGAUUGUUAGCCGCUGAGAUUGGUGCGUUUCUUACUCCGUUGUUUGUAUGAACUUUUGCCUCACUGGUGCGCUGUCGUACGAAUGUCCUAUUGCUUUGUUUCUCGAUUAAGGGCAACCAAACUUCUGGACUUUCUAUUCUGCUAUCCCUGUUGAUGUUGAGAGUGUAGUCUUAUGUGAAUUUCCUCUUUCACUCUGUGUGUUACAUUGAGGAUCACGAUCAAUUACCAAUAGCAAAACACCUGCUUUACAUGAAGUAGAAAAAUUAAAUGAUGCAAGCCACAGGUUCUACAGUUUUUAAAACAGCUUUUCUGUGUCAAGCCCAUUAAUGCCGGCUUUUCCUGGCUUAAUAACCAUUGUAGAUUGACACAGGACACAUCUGGUUGAAGGUCUUCCAGAGCUACUCCUUCCAGCUUCGAAUCUAAUUGGCUCUGAAAAGGUGCGCACCUGAGCUUACUCCCCUUCCUCUUCGUCACCACCUGACGCAUGUGAAUCAUCUGAUUCAACUGACCCCUGGAGCAAUGCAACUAGGCGUUGCUCUUGAAGGCAGCUCAAACAGAAGUUGUUUCCAUCUUUUAUUAUUUGAACUUUCCCGAUGAUACACUCAGGUGAAUUUCUAUCGUCACCGUGCCCAAUCUGGUAUACAACCGGAUCUUCUUCUGACUGUUCCAGCUAUCUCAAACCCAUGUGAUCUUCCAGGAAUGCGUCACCGUUAUGGUAAAGAUCUUUUUAAAAGAACUGCAAGGAAGAAAGGAAUGAUAUACCUCUUGUAAUUGUGCUUGACAGCAACUACGUCGCCUUUUGAAUAGAUAAUCUCAUAUUCUUCGGCUGCGUCUUGAACUGUAGUUUGUCCUUCACUCCCUUGAACCUCUUUCAGCAGAUCGACUUCUCCAUGUGCCGACGCAUUCCUUCUGAACAUACUCAGAGCAAGUGGAAGUGUACCAGCUCUUUGUUUGGUCUUCCCUCUUGUUCUUUGCUGUCGUACACCCCGUCCGAAUUCUUUCGCAAAGCUCUGCAAUGCCUUCCUGUAUCGCUCCUUUCCCUCCCCGCUCGCUUCCUCGUCCAUACCCUCCUUAAGGUUUACUCUUGCCGUGCGACUUUCGAAGCCAUUCCGGUGUCUUUGGACCAAGCUUUGUCUGUGUGUAAUGGGUUUGAGGACCGGUAUAAAAGAUAAACGAGGAUUGGUAGAGCCUCUCUAUUGAUUCUAAAAGACAGCUGGGCCCCCGCGAUGCGUAGUCAUUCAGAGCGGGUGUUCUCUCUCCACUAAAAAAUUCAGGCUCCAAAUCUAAGGUGGUGAUACCUUUCGGGGCCAACCAUUAGAUAAGCCGAGGCCGAAUAGCCCAAAGGGCCGAAAAAAUUCUUGUAGAUCAAUAUUGUCGCUAAAGUCUCUAAUUUUUGUGCAAAACAAAAUAGCCACUGCACGAACGAGGUCUGAAAAAAUCUUGCUUGAAAAAGAUAACCUAUCCCCGGCUCAAAAAUCAAAUAGUGGGCCCCUAACUAAUGGCCCUUAAUUCAUGCCGAGUGCUAUAAUAUAUUACAUUCCUGCAGACUCUGCUACUUGUACCUAGUAUGCAACAUUCCUUUCACCAGUUAAACUGUUUAUUUUAUUUAAAAAAACUGAAGAAAAUAAACUAUAAAGGCUUUGUUACUUUUAUUUCACCGAGGUGAGUCUUUGGUGUUCCACUUGUUUUCACUGAUUCUACACUGUAAUUUCAGACUAUUUAUCAUACAAGCAUUUAUCAGUUACACAGUAAUGGAAUGUGUCCUUUACUUUCCCGGCCCAAUACUAGUACUGGUAGGUGAACCGAUCUCGGUUUCUAAUCAGGGUUCGAGAUAACCCUAAAACUCCAUGCAAUUAGAGCAAAUUUAUUAAAUUGCGAGAAAGCAUUUAUUUUGCAACAAAGCGAGCGAAUUCAUUGCGCUUUUGUAUUCUACUUUUGACGUCCAUUCUAAUUAUUUAAGUACUUUUAAGAGUCAAGUUACUGGUCAAAAAAUACGAACCUCGAUUUAUAGUCGCCUUGUGACUUACUUGAGGCGAUGAGGCAAUCGGGACCUAUACAGUAAAUUCCGCUUUCAAUGAAUCGGUUUGUCUGUUGUCCUGGCGGUAUUGUUAUGUUUGAUCGGCCGAAAAACCCUAUGCUUGGACCCUUGCCGGGAGUAAAUCAGUCAAGGAAGUACUUACGUACCUUUCUCUGUCACAGGAUUUCUUUUUGUCCUUUUUCUUGUUCCCCAUCUCUCGUCAAAAAAGAUAUGUAGAAAUCGCUUUCUCUGCCUUCUGGCGUUGACAGCGCGUUGAGAAGUUGCGUUACAAAGCGAGAAAAGUGACUUGAGAUUCAUAUUACGGUGCCCUCAACCAUUAAUAAAUUAAGAAUAUGAUACUAUGUUUUCGUCAAACAACCAGGACUUCGUUUGACAGGAACUUCCGCCAGCCGGAAGCAAGAAUAGGUAAUGUACCUCGGCCCGAAAUUCUACUGGACACAAACCUUAUUACGCCGAAAAAUAUUGUGAUAAGAGAUUUUUAGACUGCGCAAUAAAUCUGAUCUCAGAUUCGGGCUCAAAAACCUUGUGAUCCCUGAUCCCAUUCUUCUGAUCCCUGAGCCCUUUGCUGUGAGCCCUGAUCCCAGUCAUAUUUUGGGCUUUGAGCCCUGAGCCCAUAUACCAUGUUACGACCCUGCUUUUGACCUUGAAGGAAACACAACAUAACGCGGAUCAAGGAUACACCUACGCUAUUGGUUACUUUUGCAGCCAAUGGCAAGUUAGUAUUUUCGAUCCUAGCCACCAGUAUUUAAACAGUCUGCUCCGCUCUCUGUACCUAAGACUUUACUAUAGUAGCAACUGACGAGGAAUGCUAUAGUUCCGAAACUGCAGUCUUGCUUAAGAAUCCAUAGCAGUCGCACAGACGACUGUUAAGCAAAAACUUAAGAAAAUACCUACGAAGGAACAACAAGACAUCGCGCUCGAGUUCAAAGACUCACUUAUGUUAAGAAAAACUAAAUGGACUGUGUGAGCGCUAAGAGAAUUAUCUUGACUGACGCACGGCAUAUUUCUCCAAACUUGGUGUAGCUUUAGUAUUUAAGCUACAGUGUACAACUCAAAUCUGAAGAUCGCACUAUCCGUGGAAAUUCAAAAUCCUGCGAACCACACUAUACUAUAGAGCUGGGCCCAGAGUCAUACUGACAUGGCAGGAAAUAAUCACAUUCACGGACAAAGAAACUUGCAUGCAUGCAUGUAUUUAUUCAGAUACAGUCAUUUCGGAGAAAACCAAAAAAAACUAAAAUCUUUAUUCAGCCGUAAUAAACAGAGGUCAAAGGAUAUAAAACACUUAACAACCGCAUCUGAAAUCAAAUCCUGUCAGGGACACCUAGUACAGAAGCAUGAACCACAGGAAAUGAUUACUCAGUAUGCAUGUAACAAACCUGCUUCGUGACCUCUAAAUAUAAGACUUAGUGCGGCAAAAACAAGAUUUACUCAGUCAAAGUUUAGAAUGCUACACGUCUUGCACUGUGUAGUGCUAGUAACCUUCGCGCGAGAGAAAAAAGAAAGAGAACCACUGUUCAAUUGCAAGCAGACUCUCAAGGUCACGUUUCACAUUAUCACGAGCUUAUGAGUCGUGUUUGGCCUGUCAACGCUUAUUUCCUAUUGAGAAUAACAGCUUAUAGAACACAAAACGCGCAAAAAAACAGCUCAAAAGUUAAAUUUUAUCCGUUUAACUAACGAUCAGGAAUAACCCUUGGCUAGUAAAAUUUCAAUGAAUUAUGGAAAGUCGUUAAAACUGUGUUUUAAAAAAGCUGUGUAGCUGUAUAGCAGAAGGUAAGCAAAUGUUGUCAAUCAAACAGCAAUGAGAAAACUAAAAUUGAUGUUACGCAAGAGAGAAUGAGCUAAGAGAGCGAAUCCCUGUGCCCCAUGAUGAUUAUUUGAAAUCUAUUGAAAGUUCGCACGCGUGCGAUGAAGGUUAUUUUUAUAUGCUGUUUCCAUGACCCGCGCGGUCUACUUUCCCGUGAACGCGACAUAUUUCGCCUCCAAACAUUUGACAGCAGUUGACCAAUUAUCGCAUGAGAGGUUUAAGUUGUUGACAUGUAAUAACGCGCACUCAAUUGUUCUCUUUCCUCUUCCCUUUGAAGCCCUGUCAUGCAAACUUGUUGAACAGGGUUGAUCACUUCUUAACAUGCGUCAGACUGAGAAAUAUGGAACGUCUUCUGGUCAAGACCUACCUGAACUGUUCUAUAGUUUUUUUUCUACUAGCAAGGGAGAAAAUACGCCGUCAGCCGUCUGUGUGAACUACUUAAUGAGCUGAUAAACAUUUCUUUCUUGCAGUACAUCAACAAGACAUGCUUUCGUGCUUGUGUCAAAGAAUUAUAUGAAGCAAAAUAUGACCCAUUGUCAGUAACGUACACAGUUUUGUCAGGUACUACUGCUACAAAACUAAUCAUAAACUUCAGUACUUACCAACUCUGUGAAUAACGAAAAAGGAAAACAAGCAAUACACAAAAGGAAUGCACAAAAACUGGAGGAAAUAAAAAAAAUGCAUUCGGGUGAUGAUGAAAAACAACGUUCAUCCCCUUUUCCAAAUACAUAUUAAUGUGUAUAAUGGAGUGCUUUAUAAUACUUGCAGUUGUUUUUCUCUUAUGUAUUGCCUUUAUUUUGUCCUGAACACAAAGCUUCUGCUUUUCCAUUUCCUUUUUUAAUCACAAAAACCGGAAAUAACAAAUAUGUUCGAAGUACAUAACUGCACCUCAAGCUAUACAUUUUGAGCAAUAGUCAUUUUGCAGUUCAUUAAUUCCUACUUUGUAUACGCACAGACAUCUGUCCAUCUGGAUGGGAUUACUUCAAUGGAUACUGCUAUUUAACAAGCUCUGUAUGCGCACCUUGGGUGACUGCUGUGUCCAACUGUUCAACUAUGAACUCACAUCUGGUAACAGUGCACAACCAAGAAGAAAAUGUCUACAUUCAGCACCGUCAUAAUGGAGAGCGAUCAUGGAUUGGACUUAAUGACCGAAGCGUUGAGGGAUCAUUUGUCUGGACAAACAAGGAAAUAACCAGUUUUCGGUUCUGGGCUCCGCAACAACCAAACAACUGGAAAAACGAAGACUGUGUUCACACUGUGAGUGCCAAUGAUGGCUACACUUGGAACGAUGUGUCCUGCGAUAACUGUUAUAACUAUACUUGUGUUCAAGGUAAAAGAGGUCAUCAGGUCCAUUUACAAAAUGCAACUUACAUUAAACGGUUCUGCUGUCUCCUUCAAGUUGUCACCUGAAUUAAACUGAUGUAGCGGGUUGUUAUUCACUGCAACACUGAUACUUUUUAGUAGGAAAGGUGGUAAUGUGACCAAAACAAUAAUAAUAAUAAAAAAAACAUUAAGCGCGCAUUACUGUACUGCCUCUUUUCAUUUCAUGUUUCCAACUCGAGACUCUGAUACCCAUUCACUGGAGAAGUAAAUUUUUAAAAGGAGGCAUGGUAGGCCGGUUUUUUAGAUAGUCUUUGAGGUGUCCAGUUGUGGGAUGAAAACACUAGGUCGAGUGUUUGAUAUAGCCUGACAAAUGUUUCUUGAAGAAAUGUAGGACGUAGUUAAAAGAACACACAGAUUAUGAAAUCCUGAAAACUUCGAAGAUAAAACAACGCCACUGCAGUUUAAGCUUGGAGCUCCCUGAUGAUGCACAAUCUUUUCUUUUUUUGUUUUUCACAAAAUAACUGUAACUGAAUAUAUUAAUUAAUGCCAGGUUUUGGUGAGAAAAACCAACGGAAGUUGAUUGACCACUCCAACAUUACUGUAGAACGGCAUCUCAAUCAUAAUGGCCUUCAUUUAAAUAAAAUUAGGAACCUCUCAACUUGCUCGUAAUUUUUAAAAAUUUAUUAAGCAUGAGGAUUAGGAUACUGCCGUUUGGGAGCCUGAAAGACAAGUGCUGAAGGAUAAUAAGUGUCAUGUUACGACACGGGGUAAGUCUUAUAAUAUUGAUAACAACUCCUUCGGCCGAGGCUUGGUGAUGGCGUCUCUUAACAUAAAUAGCCCGUUAGCGCAUAUUGACCAGCUUCGCGUAGUUAUGUCAAACUCUGAAAUUGAUAUACUCUCUAUUAAUGAAAAGGAAAAUUAUACUUGCCCGGUUUUGAAAUAAUAAGGAAAGAAAAAGGUGAACGGGUGCAAUGGUGGUGGUGUGUCUUGUGUAACCUAAACUAUAAAAUUUCCGAAGACGUAAGCACUGAAAUUCUUGAAUGUUUUGUUCUAGAAUUUGUUUUUAGAUUUAUCGAAAUUUUUAUUUUUCUCUUCAAGAGUAUUCAUGAGUUCAAGUUGAGAAUAUAGUAAUCUCGGUAAAUAUUCAUAUACGUUAUAACUGACCCUAGAACAAGGUGAUUGAAUGAAGCGUCAUUUCUUCCAGAAAUUGACGAAUGCACAACUGACUAUCACAGAUGUGAUGUGAAUGCUGCUUGUCAGAAUACCGUGGGUUCAUACAAAUGUACUUGCAAAGGUGGAUACUCUGGAAAUGGCCGCAAAUGCGUUGGUGAGUACUGAAGUUUGCUUUAAACAUCGUUUGACUUAAUUUUUCUCUGUGUCAAGUUUAUAUACUGUAUACACUAAAUAAAGAUGUUGUUUGUUAAUAAAAAAAGUAGUUUCCGUGUCUUUAGUAUCUUUUUAAGGACAUCAUACCGUAUUUACAGUGCUGUAAUUACGUUUUUCAUUCAUCUAUUGUAGUCGUUGAUUUCUUAUAAAAUCCCAGUCCCAGGUGGCAAAAAUAAGCCAUCAACCCUUAGUGGGUAUUUAAUGGAUUUUGAGCAGGUCUAUUUCAGUAUAAGAAUACUUGCACUAAUGUGUGGAACAACGUUUUUACACGGAUUUUCAUUCUUUCAAUCAAAACAAUUACUUCAAUUAUUUGUUUUGAUUUUAAGAAUUUUAUCGGUAAUAACAUUUUAGUUUGAUAUGAUUAAUAAAAAACUAUUUCAGAGGCAAUAAAAAGCCCCAAGGGUGUCUAAAUAAAGGAAAUUCGGAAGGAAAUAGAAUAUCAAGGAAGACACUGCUUUGUUGUUUUUGGAGCAUUACAGCGUGUAAUCGGUGCGUGAUAAUUUUGUCUUUGUUUUCAGAUAUAGAUGAGUGCACAAGCAAGACCCAUAACUGUGACAGAAAUGCGUUAUGUAAGAACAAUGAGGGGUCCUUUACAUGCACCUGCAAUCGCGGUUACAAGGGAGAUGGGAAGAACUGUAAAGGUAUCUUUCUAGCGCUUUUAUAGGCACGGUUCAGACGCCGAACUUUUCAUGAGCCGAACCUAAUGCGUUUAAUUAGGUACAUGAAAAGGUUCGGCGUCUUAGUCAAUUGAGCCCGGUUUAGACACCGCACCAGUCAUGUCCCGAACCUAACUGAUAAAUUAAGUACGGCAAAAGAGCGGCGUUUGAAUGAAUUUGGUAUGGCCGUUUUAAUUAGGUGCGGUAGGUGGCAUUAUUCGACAUUGGAGCGGCAUGUGAUUCGUACGGCGCUUCUCUCAAGUGCCGAACCUAAUGCAUACAUGCAUUACAUUGAUUUUAUAAUUUUUCCCACAAUACCGCUCGUUUUUACGUAGUUGCCAUGCCCAGAACACUAAAUUGAGAAAAAAAGGCGGGUGAAAAAGAACAAUCUUGCUUCUCUUGCUUUAAGAGUGCAAAAUAUACUUGUUUACGGUGCCAGGGAUACUUCUGUAUCCUUUGUUCUGUCUUCGAGAAUGACGAAAGGUCAAACUGUCAAGCGGAUGGAAAGCAGGCAGUUCAGUCGCUUAUUGUGAGCCAUGUUUCCGAGAAGCUAUGGAGGAGCAAGAAAAGAUCGAAUGUAAUGAUUCAAAUGAAUUUGGCAAAAAUAGAGAUCUACAGAAGCAAGAAGAAUGGUGUUCUACAAAGUGGAAAUUAAUUAUGGCGUGAAAAUAUGGUAUCGAACCCAGGCUUUUCUCUUUCUCCGUACAUGAAAUAAAGGUUAGGAUCGACACACGGCACGCCGUCUGAAUCAGUUGCCGCGCCAACGUCGCUCUAAAGUCGGACCUAAUUCAGUUAGGUUCUGCACGUAAUUAGUGGAGCGGCUUCUGAACCGGGCCUUAGGAAGGGCUAUUUCAAUUUGGAACUACUCAGCCGCUCUUCCCGCUUAGCUCGGCCGGGAAUUUCGACUUUGGAGCGACUUUAAUUCAGACACCGAACUUUUCGUGUGCCGAACCUAAUGCAUAAAUUAUUAUAACGUAUGUUACAAGCAGUUUGACGGAAAUGAGCAUUUUUCUCCUUUUUAAUUUAGUUGGCUGGAAUUAAGAUCGGCAUCUGAAUCAAUUCAACCUGUCUAAAUAAUGUGGAUCGGCCUCAAUUCGAAUUAACGGGGCCUAACGCAUUCAUCUUUUUCAUUUUUCAGCAAUUUUCGAAAACUACAAUAUUCGUAUCAGUCAUCGCUUUCCUUUGUAACGUAGAGUGAAAAGAAAAUGACAGAAACAUAAAUUGCGUUUCUCCCUUUUUUCAGAUAUAGACGAGUGCACAAGUAAUACCCAUAACUGUGACAGAAAUCUGCUGUGUAAAAACACUAAGGGGUCUUUUAUCUGCACCUGUAAACCUGGUUACAAGAGAGAUGGCAAGAAGUGUAAACGUAAAUAUUUCAGUACCAAGAUCUUCGCAUUCGCUGCAUUUCAGUGAUAAUUGAUUAGUCAAACACAUUAAAUGGAGUCUUAGCUAUGAACUGGAACUAGCCUGCAGUACAAUUAAGCUUAAGCGGGGGGAUUCUGUUCACAGGCAAAUAGUCAUAUAAUAUUUCUUCAUUAGCCGGUUAAUUAACAGGAAUCACUUCUCGUCUGAAUGUAUGAAGCAACACUCGAGGUCCUCUCCUGGAAACCAUAGCAUGUAUAUUGUCGCCAUUAUUUGCUUUGAAAGAGAUUGCAAGUUUCAUUGAUUAACAGAGCUCUGCAAAGCUCUUCUCUUUUGUUUUCAGUAUUCGAAUUGUUAAGGUUAUUGACCCUUGCGGUAUCCUUGGCCAUUUAUAAUAUAUUUAUAAUUAUCAAACACGUUUUGCUUUCUUCAUUCAAAGCUUACAGGAACAUUACAUUAGGAUACUGUCUUCAAGCGGGGCGUGAAGUGGAUCAUUAAAUUGUUGAUGCCUAUUUUGUUGUAGCGACACGCGGGCUGUUUUCCUACGAUCCCGCUCAAUCCUGCAAAGAAAUCAAGGACUUAGGUAUCUCCAAUGGCGACGGGGAGUACUGGAUUGACCCUGGAAGGACUAAAAGUCCUUUUAAGGCAUAUUGUGACAUGACAACUGACGGAGGUAAGGUUUCACUCGAAGAUGACACCUUCUUGGGGCUGGUACGUUGAUCAGUAAUACCCUGCGUUCCACAAAGGAUGCAAAUUGCGCUAGAAUGUUAAUUCCUAUUCGGCCCCCUUUUUAUCUCUGGUAAGGCACUGUAAAGCUGAUUCACUUACGAAGACUCGAGGGAGAACUAUUCCUUGAGGUUAUUCUGAUUUCGCAGUCACCUGAAAACAGACCUAGACUCAGAUCCGCUCGCUGACGCUAUCCUACAAUCUACAAGGUCUCAAGAACAGAAAUUACCCAUUAAACGGCCUCUCCUUUCGAAGAUUGCAUGCAUUUCAUUAAAACAGGUACAUAUAAAAAGAAUCUUGUUAGUUUCUCCCAUUUAGCGAGCUCAAAUCGACGCAUAAAACUAAGGUGACGUGCACGUGUCAAUUGACCCUGGGGUCAAUUAGCAGUUGUUUGGGGCAAAAUAACCUCAAAAUAAUCAAUCUAUUUCACAAGCGUUCGCAAGAACACCAGACUAACUUUCAGAUAAUGUUGAAGUACUAUAUCUCAUUGGGUAGUAACCCGGAUUUGGGGUGAUUUGGAGAAUUCCCCCAUAUAGAAAAUUCGAUUUUGGUUUUAGCGGUAAAUUGUUGUAUUUAUAAGCAUUAUGCAGAUUACGUUUCAAAAUUGUGCUCGUUUGUCGAUAUUUUAUUCUCUAAAUCUAAAAAAUGUGCCGUUUAGAAAUUGUUAGAUAUCUGUUUUUUGAGAUUAAAGUGGAACAUUGCCAAUAUAUUCGCUCGUUUAUGAAAGUCAGCUCAUUUCUGUCGGUGGGCUGUAUUCCCGUGUUCGGCGGCUAAUUUUAGGCCCGCAGACCGUUGAAAUCGUAAAUCUCAAAUAAUUCCCAAACUCGGCCGCACUUUGAAAUUUAAACCUCAGCAGUGUUAUAAACUCAUUAAAACCUUAUUACAGACUGAAAAUGAGGGUAGGUUAGGUUUUGAGCUGUGGCCACGGUUUGCUCGAUUUUUCUGUGCAUUCGCUCUUAAUUAGGUAAAAACCGCUAUUUUCGUUUUUCCUUAUUUUCCCGAAAACUAUAGAUUCUUGAAAGUUAAAAAUAUUUUUUUCGAAGAUAGUUCCCCAAAGGGGUUUUUCUGACAAAUUAUCACACAAAAUUCACAUCGAUAAUUUAGUCCUUACUUGCAACACUAGGCUUUGUAUGACAAUUAGCAAUUAUUGGAUGAGGUUGAGUAUCAUCUGAGAAUUAUGCAGGCCGAGAAGGGUUCGGCUUCGGCGAAUAACACCCCAGUGAGAGUAUCCGGUUAAUGACUUUUAUAGUACAGGCUAUCGCCAGAAACUAUGGACAGCAGCAGAGACGCCUGAGUACGAGUUAGUUCAGUUGUUUUGCGUAUUGCCAGAGAAUUUUACUGGUUUUGCCAAGAAAAAAAAAUACUCGAUCUACGACUUAAAAACAUAGCAAAAACAGCAAAAAUACAACUCGACGGAUAGCAUCUGCUAAUUGAAGAAUAACUGUAAGAAUAAGCAUACCGUUAUAUCCUGAAUUUGCCGAGGAACAAAUUCACGCGAGAGCCAUUAGUUUAUCAGUUUUUCUUGUAACUGUCAAGUGUUACCAUGGAGAAGUUGUUUGAAUGAAUAAUAAUAUGCGCUUUUUGCGCCAAGCCUCCUUUUAGUGUCAACUUGAGACUAGCACCCUCUUAGCGAGUCACAAAUUUCUUAGUUCAGGGUUCUUACUUCUGUACAAUACCGCAAACGAGCCCCAUUGACAACCGCAAGGGAUCCCGUGAAAAGUAGAGGAAUGGAGUGGAUUUUAGACAUAGAUGGUGAAUGUGCUGAGAAUCUGCACAUCGCGUAGAACAAUGAAAUGAAUAAAACUAUAAAUAAUCGAACUGUUUCUUUUGGUAUUUUUUUUCUCCUUUUUUAGUCAAGAUGUUACGUUGCUUUGAAAUUUUAGGACAGGAAGGACGUUAAGAGGGAAACUUGUCUUUCAUUUUAACGCCCAGGAAUAGGGAAAUAUGACCACUUUAUUUAUCACCGUGUAGAGGUUUUCGGUUUAUUUCGAAAGACACUUUGCAUCUACAGCUCAUGAAAAUGUCUCGUCUGGUGGUAACGACCCUGUCGUUGCAAACUUGUGUAUUCAUUUUUAGUGUCUUUGUUGCUGGAGACACAGGCGUUUUUAGGGGCCCUCGUAUUUCUUCCCUUGUGGGGAAGGAAGAAAUACGAGCGCCCCUAAAAACGCCUGCGUGGGAGGUUACAGGAGACAGAGACAGUUACAAAGAUACAAAAUCAAGGGAAGAGAAACAAAGGAACGAUUAAAUGGAAUUCUCCUAAUGGGGUUGUACUAGCCGGUGAGCUUUUAUCUGGGGUCGUUUUCAGAGACUUUCGCCGUUAGAAAAGUUAUCAUUUUCUAAAGUUGAUACGAGGCCAGGUUUGAGCAAUUUCUUCUUAAGAAUAUUGCAUCUAAUUGAACUACAGUAUGUGAAGUUUAGUUCAGUUAAGCUUUAAGGUUAAUCAGCGGUUUUGUUUUAUAUUUACGGUUUCUUUUAUUUUCAGUCUUGGCAUUAAUUGUUUUAAAAUUUAUUCAGUUGAAUUUUUAAUAGUUUUUGUUGCGAUAAUAAACGUGACACGAUGAUCCGGUAACUUAAGUCCAGGCCAUUCUUCUUUCCUCUGGGGAUAAUUUGCGGUCGACAAUGGGGAUCACUUGAGGUCGAGGAUUAUUUGCGGUCCAUUUUGGGGAUCAUUUUCGGUCUGAGGAUCAUUUACGGUCGGGGAUCAGUUGCGGUACUGCACAGUUCGCCUCAGUUAUAUUUAACAAUGAUAAGGCCCACAGUGGGUUUCCGCCGUGUGAACUCUUUUGAACUAAACAUUACUGCUUCUUUUGGUCCACAUGACUGUUAAACCAAUGAUAAACAUUUAUCGAAUUUCAGGGGGAUGGCUUCUUGUAUCCAACGUUGUUUCGCACGGUUCUUCAACGACUCAGUUGCCAGUUAAGACAUCGUACCGCGGAGUAAGCAGCAAAGAGAAGUUACUCACAAAGAGUGCCAUGAAGGAGCUGAGGAAGCACUUGCAUUUCACUCAGAUAAGAUUCCACUGCAAGAAAAGAGGAGGUCGUACAUUUCACAUCACCACGGCUGCUAACAGCAAAGGUGAAGCUGCUGUAAAAUACCUCAGUGGUGAGACAGAUGCGAUGCCUGCCUCUUGUGGCUCGUUUGUGAUCAUGAGCAAUGAUAACUCGCGGUUAUCAAGAGCCUGCAAAGAUUGGGGAUACGAAAAAGGUUCUAGCAAAAUAGGCAAAUGGGGGGCACAGAGCGUUCAGAAAAGAUUAUACGACCACACUGCUUUUGUAUGGGCAGCUUACCACUGGCUUCUUCAACCGUCUGGCAGAUGGGAAUGCGACGAUUAUAAUGUGGGAGUGUCACGUGGCGAUUUUUGGAAAAUCUUCGUGCGAUAG